AAUGGACCUUAAAUAAGGCGAAAUCAUAUAUUUUAUUUGCGUGACAUAAAAUAUAUGUAAAGAUCUCAUUCCCAAAUAAUGCUAUAUUUACGUUUGGUAUUAUUAUCAGCUACUGUUUACACAACGUUAUCUUUCUACCAAUAUCCUCUGUUUAAAAAUUUGGACGAUGACGAGCCAAGCGAUUAUGAAGUUUGGAAAGCGAUCUUCACCUCACUAGCUAGAUGGCGGGAGAUGAAGAAAAAAAAGGCACAAAGACCUCAUCAUCAUAUUCAAAGAAGAUCAGAAGGACGAGUUUGUUAUAGUAAAGUUGGAUGCUUUCAAGAUGACGGCGCGUUUGAUUAUUUAAAUACUUUGCCUGCUUCACCUGACGUCGUUGGCACGAAAUUUAUACUCCAUACUCGAAAAAAUGCCAUAGAAGGUGACUUACUUCACUAUAAUGACAGUUCUUCUUUAUAUUUUUCUCAUUUCAACGGAAGUAACCCUAUUAAGAUAAUUAUACAUGGAUUUGGUAGCAGUUCGAGAAGAGCUUGGGUGAAACAGAUGACCGAAGCUCUCCUGUUUGUUGAAGAUGUAAAUGUCAUCGUGGUCGAUUGGGAGAAAGGAUGUGCCCUUCCAAACUACGUUCAAGCAGCAGCUAAUUGUCAGUUGGUCGGCAAAGAAAUUGCAUUACUCAUCAAGAUGAUUAAUUACGAAAGAGGCACAACGAAUCAAGACUAUCACCUAAUCGGAUUCUCUUUGGGAGCUCACGUUGCAGGAUUCGCAGGAAGAGAGUUGAAGCAUCUCAAGAGGAUCACUGGGUUAGAUCCUGCUUCACCCCUGUUUGAAGGGUAUAGUGCAAAGGUGAGACUAGAUCCAUCCGAUGCAGAUUACAUAGAUGUAAUUCACUCCAAUGGAAAUAGUUUCUUGAAAGGCGGUCUUGGUUCUUUCGAACCAAUGGGGCAUGCAGAUUUCUACCCAAACGGCGGAAGAAUACAAGUCGGUUGCAAUAACAUCUUUAUUGGAGCCAUAUCUGAUAUUUUCUAUGGAAAUUGGCAAAGUUUAUGUAAUCACAGAAGAGCUUUCCGUUUCUUCAUCGAUUCCAUACUUCCUGGGUGUAUUUUUACCGCAUUUAACUGUGAAAGCUUCGAAAAAUUUAUUUCGGGUCAAUGCAUCCCUUGUUCCGGUGAUGGAUGUGGACAAAUGGGAUAUCAUGCAAAAGGAAGAGGAAAAUUUUACCUUGUAACUAGAGAAACUGAACCAUUUUGUGCCAAUCAAUAUAAAGUAUCUAUGAUGAAUAGUCAAGGACAAGGCAAAACGUGGGGAAAGUUUGAAAUUACUUUAAUUUCUAAAGACAGCAGCAAUGAAACUUUUGUUCUAUCUCACGAAUCCCAAGAAAUAACGGAUACCCAAGUGAUACAAGGAUUGAUAGUAGCGCAUCCGAAAAUACGCAAUUUAACUCAAUUUACAAUUAAAUAUACGAAGUAUCGAGGAUGGAUAUAUAACGGAUUAGACGAGUGGAUGUUAGACAAAAUAUUGAUUCAUGACAGUUAUGGACAGAAAUAUUCUUAUUGUGGACUCAGCACAAUUAUCAAAGAUGGUGAAUCAAAAACAUUGCCACUGACAAUGGAUGACUGUCAAUUGAAACCUCCUUUGGAAAGAACAGCCAGAUUGAUCUGGGAAGUUGUAAGCGAUGCAGUUGUAAGUCCUCAUCCGAGACCACCAACCGUUUUAUGGAAGUUUAUGCUGGACGAAAAUGGAGAAUGGCAAAAAUUAUGA